AUGAUGAUAUUCUUCAUUUAUCUAAAGGAUGAUGCACAUAUUUUCUGCAGGGAGUCCCAGGUUAAAGAUGAAGUGAGAAAAGCCUUGGACUUCAUUGAUUAUGUCUAUCAAAUAUUUGGUUUCACAUAUGAACUGAAACUUUCAACGUUGAAAUUUCAUUUGCACCAUGCUCAAGUUAGAAUGAAACCUUUAGCUGAUGCUCACAGGAAUGAUGUAGUUUCAAUGAAAAGUAUAUAUGGUCGCACUUUCAAAGAUGAGAAUUUUAAACUCUCUCAUACUGGACCCGGAACUGUUAGUAUGGCUAAUGCAGGUCCCAACACCAAUGGGAGUCAGUUUUUCAUAUGCACCGUCAAGACGCAAUGGCUUGAUCAGAAACAUGUUGUUUUUGGCCAAGUUUUGGAAGGCAUGGACAUUGUUAGAUUGAUUGAAUCGCAAGAGACAGAUCGUGGUGAUCGUCCACGAAAGAAGGUUGUUAUCAGUGACUGUGAUGAAUGCUGUAGGUUCAACCAUCGCUCUAUCAAAGUUCAACCAUCUUUCUCUCUUCGCCUAUUCAAAUCGAUGAUGAGCCACUUCGCAACGCCUCCACACGCCCUCAGAAUCUUAGAUAUUGGAAUACUGUACAUGUAUCGGUCUCUUGAUGGGCCGCGAGAUGAUGCUCCAGAAAAUGUUACCAUUCUACAUUAG